GCUGCUCGCUGCCACAGUUGCCGCCGGACUCCGCCGACUGACCGAGGACCUGCCUGCUGCUCUUAGAUACCGCCGCCAGAUGCCGCUGCACGUCCGCCUGAAGAGUCCCGCUCCAAACACGACCAAGUGUCGGUACUGCGACCUCGUCCCAGCGACGCGCGCCGAAUACAACCGCCACCUGGCGACGGCGCACGACGUGCCGGCGCACGAGUGUCGCGACUGCCGACGUCGCUUCCGGUCGCAGUUCGCGCUCAGUAAGCACGCGUGCGACAGCGAGCCACCGCCGACGUCGUCGUCGGAGGAAAACAAGUGCUACCUGUGCGCGCAGGUGUUUGCUAGCGCCGCCGCCGUGCGCACGCAUGUGUGCUCGCCGGAGCCGCGCCGCGGAACAGCGUCAGCGUCAGUACUAGUGGUGCUAACGCAGCAGUGCAACUUCUGCGAGGAGAGGUUUGCGUCGAAGUGGGCGUUGGCGACGCACAAGUGCCCGUACGACGACAGCCUCGAGUUGAAUCGCUGCUACAUCUGUCGCGAUACGUUCGCGUCGGCCGCCGCCGUCGCCGCGCACGCGUGCGUCGGCCCCCGAAACAAGAGAGCAUCGGCGGCGGCUGGCGCGUUGCCAGAGAAGCACGCGCGACGUCGCCCAUCUGCCGCCGAGGGUCGCGCCGACGUCGCAGAGGGCGCCACCGCCGCGGUGACGUCGCCGACGGAUUCCCAGGCGACGGAGGAAGCGAGCGACGACGACGAUGACGAUGACGAUGAUGACGAUGCGGUUGCUAUGGGCGACGACGACGAACGCGACGCCGAGGGUCGGUCGUUGCCUCUCGUCAUCACGGGAAUGCGUCAGGUGACGGAGGACAGCCUGUGGCAGUGCGGCCGCUGCGGUCUCAUCAUGACACCCGAGGGGCAGAAGCACCACGCGUGCAGCGACAGCGUCGGCAUGGACGCCGACGCAAACUACCGCUGCCCGAAGUGCGCCGCCGCCUACACACGCCGUGACAACCGCAACCGGCACGUGUGGCGCAACCACCUGCAGGCCGCCUACUACUCGUGCGACGUCUGCUUCCGCUGCUGCGACUCGAAACCGGAACUAGAAGCACACAUCGCCGACGCGCACGGCAUCGGUGUGUCGCCGCUGCUCCCGCCGCCGCCACCGGCGGCUAGCGCCACGGGCGUCGCUUCCGGAUCCGGCGCAACCCGGACGCAGAUCGAGUGCGCCGUCUGCUACGCGACGUGUUCGUCGCAGCACGGGCUGGACGUGCACAUGCGCAGACACAGUGGGGAGAAGCCGCACCGCUGCGCCAUCUGCAGUUCCACCUUUACUUCCGGUCACAACCUGACGGUGCACAUGCGCCUGCACACGGGCGAGCGACCGUUUACGUGCGAGCUGUGCGGGUUGACGUUCACGCAUCGCCAGAGCCUCAAGCGGCACUACAAUCGCCACAAGAUGUCGUCGCAGUCGCACAACUGGCAGUGCGCGCUCUGUAAGCUGGAGUUUGUGAGUCCAGAGGCGCUAGCCACUCACACGCGCGAGAACCAUGCCGAUAGCUUCCUCAACAACAACAGCAACGCCAGCAACAUCAUCGUCAACAACAACAACAACAACAACAAUGACGAUAACAAC